AUGAGCAUUCUAGACGAACUUCCUUCUAUUCUAUCUUCAAGUCACUCACAUGGUCCCCCCGACUUGGAACCAUUGGAGCCGAUUCACUUUGGAUUCUUCGUCCCAAGGCUGGAUAGCAAACCUCAGAAUCCAAUUAUUGAUACAAUAGAGCUCGAAGACUACUCCGGGCGCUCUUCACGACCUAGUCCAGGUGUAGCGAGUAUCCAAACGGGCCAGCCAUUGCAAGGUACCGUUGUGGUACCAAACGGUCAGGAUGCCUUGAAGAUUAGUAUCCCGUCCAAUAAAACGCCAGUCAGCGACAUUUGGAUGACGGCUGCGGCUGGUUCUGAUGCCCUUGGGAAUAACCUCAAGACGUGGGAUAGUGUCAGAUAUUCACGUACGAGAGAUGCUGAGCGCGGGGACUUGCUCUCUGAACAAGAUCCAUCGGUUUUUGUCGCGGCCCAAGACUUUGUGAUUCCUCACGUUCACGCUCCUGGUUCUUCACGGUUGCACUUCCCGCCAGCAGAGUUGAUGGAGAUUCUUGUUACGAACCUGACUGGCCAUUCGUCGCGGCUAUAUGAUUGGGACUCAUCGACGGAGAGUUUCCGUCAGUCGAAAGAAUAUGCGGAUAAGAUUAUUCUUGCCUAUGGCUUCACAGAGGAACUGAGCAAGAGCAUCAUUUCGCUGUAUCUUGCUAUAGGAACAUCUUUCCGAAGGUUGGAUAGCCUCAUCCAGGAUGUUCGACACCGAGUUCUGCAUCCGACCAUGCAUGCGUUUCUUCAUUCUCUCGAGAUGAUUGUCGAGUCGCUGAGGAAGCAGCUCGCGAGAGCAAGGAUUAGCAGUCUUCCGUCUUCUCCAGGCUUUGGCUUCAAUAUGCCGAUAUUAAAGAAAGUUUGGCAGCGCUUGCGGAACUAUGCAAUGUGGUACGACGCCACGGCCAGUCCACCAUUUAAGCCAAUUCCAGAUGAGCCAGCGGCACUUCUCACACAUAUUUACACCUUUACCGAGCGUCACAUCGCCUCUUUCUCACCUCGUAGUAUUCGUGCCAGCUUUGCAUAUCUACUCUCAACCGCGUCUCACCCAUUCCUCCGCACGGUGGAAGAAAGCAUAGGAAUUGGGAGUGCCAAGGGUUUACUCGUGAACCCUGCAUCUAGUAGAAAGUCUGCAUACGCAGAAACGGACGAAUUCGGAUUUCAUGAGGAGGACGAUGUCGCGGUCCUCAACAUGGACGAAGCCCCGCCGGAAUAUCCAUCCUUUUUCUCGGCCAAACUGAAGUCUGAGGUCAUUCAGGCCACAAGAGGCCUCAAAGUCCUGACAGCGGCAGAUCCUAAUCAUCCCCUCUUGAAGGACUAUACGCAGAGACGAUGCGAAUGGGUAUGGCAUGAAGACAGAAUCGAGGAGAUAUGCACUGGCUCAAAGCCCGAAGCCCUUAUUAAUGCGACUUUACACCUUGAAUCUCGCUCUCAUACGGAGCCAGAUGAGGAAGGGGACGUAGAAGGCGUACAGUAUAAGCCUGAACUGGCCAACUUUCGCAUCUUCGACAUGGAACCUGGUUCUCAGUGGAGUCGAGUUGACCAAGACGUGACAUCUUUACCAAUCGACACCACGCCAUUCCAGUCAUUCCUCGCCACGUUCCCAGAUGAACUCCCUCUUUCAACACCUUCCAUAUCGCUCCUCGCGGAUGUCGUCCUGAUGCCUUUGAAGGUCCAGAGCGAUCGUCUUCUCAAUGCAUUACUAGAGCGGUUCCUCACACCCCCGCUCAGCCUACCAUCUCAUUUCCUCCUCUUGCACUCCUUUAUGCUCCUUGGUUCACAGAACUUUACCAUGCGACUGCGUGGCGCCUUGUUUUCCGAUUCGGAUGCAUAUCAGCCAGUGGGGCGUGGAACCCGUGCAAGAACGAGGGCAAGGCUUGGAAUCAUGGAUGACCGUGACAUUGCCGCGGAACAGGAAGAUCUCAAUCGUGGACAGGAUGGCAUUAAUGCACCCGCGAAGUGGGGAAUCGGUCUGGGCGUUGGAUUAAGCGAGAGGGGAAUCUGGCCCCCUGGUGGGACAGAACUUGGGUUCGCCCUAAGGCGGGUCAUCGUGGACACCCUCGAUGAGAUGAAGGCCGAGAAGCACUCGGGCCACGAUGCGGACUCGGGCGAUGAGGAGGAAGCUCCGAAAGAAGAGGUAGAUGUCAUCAAAGAAGCAGAGUGGAGACUGGGGUUCGCUAUUCGUGAUUUACCGAUUGACGAAGCAAGGCAGGACUGGCUGAACCCUUCAUCUCUUGCCGCUCUUGACUUUCUCUACCUCGACUACAAACCACCAUUGCCUGUCGCCGCACUUAUCACUCCUGUACUCUUGAGCAAGUACCAGCGCUUGUUCAACUUUCUCCUCCGACUCUUACGAGCUGAUACCGUCUCCCGCGGUCUCUUCUGGAGCAUUCAAAAAGGCGGAGCAGGCUUCAAUUCCGCGGCGGCGACAGCACUUUUGCGACGGUUCCGUUUCCAUACUCACACAUUUGUCUCUGUACUGACCAGCUAUGUCUUCGACACCGUCGUCAGGACGAAUUUCGAUGCGUUCAAUCUCAAACUACGCACUAUCGAAGAAUUGCAUUACAUGAGACAACGCGAGUGGAAUCAAUUGAACACUGCCCGCCCAGGUUCGAGCCACCAGCAAGAACCUCCCAAGCCUGCGGCAGAUAUAUUUGAAGUGAUGGGGGAUCAUUCAAAGAUGCUCGACAAGAUCCUUGGCGGGUGUAUGCUUAGGACGCAGCAAAGGGCGAUAUCAGACGUGGUAGAGGACAUUCUCAGCAUCAUUCUCUUGUUGGGAAGCCUCGUGAGAGAUUUCAAGAGACAUGCUCUGAGCGAGGAAGAUGCGACAGCGCAGCUACAAAAGUUGCACACCACGUUUGAGAGGAAGAUGAUGACACUGACAAAGGUACUUCGAGCCAUGGACGACAAGAGCGAACUACGCUCUCUCCUUUCUGCCUUGGCUACAAGCGAUCGGGACUACGAAGUCCUGACUCGCAAUACUGGUACGAAGAGGGAUAUCGGCCUCAGUGAUCUACUCGUACGGAUGGAUCCUGGCGAAUGGUGGAAAAGAGAAUUGGAACGCCGAACACGUGCUAAAAGGGCAAAAGAUGCUACUCAGAUCCCAGACAUUGGCUGA